UUUAAAAGCGCAUGUGCAGUGGUGGCGUCGGAAGUUAUGAUUAGUUUUCUAGCAGACAAGUGCGAGAGAAAGUUUUAAAGUAAAGGAGACGAACAUCAGGUGAAGUUGUUAGUUUCGUUUUCACGACAACAACAUUCCACCAUCUACAUCAAUGGCGGCAAUUGCUGAACAGCGAAUAAAGCGAGAAUUUCGGGAAGUUAUCAGCAGCGAAGAGGUUGAAAAAUGUCGUAUCAGAGUGGAAUUAGUAAAUGAUAAAUAUGAUGAAUUAAAAGGUGAAAUAGCUGGGCCUCCAGAAACACCAUAUGAAGGUGGUAAAUUUCAACUAGAAAUUAAAAUUCCUGAGACAUAUCCAUUUAACCCUCCAAAAGUACGGUUUGUCACUAGAAUUUGGCAUCCCAAUAUUAGUUCUGUAACAGGAGCUGUAUGUUUAGAUAUUCUAAAAGACCAAUGGGCUGCUGCCAUGACCCUUCGAACAGUUCUAUUAUCACUUCAAGCCUUACUAGCAGCUGCUGAACCUGAUGAUCCCCAAGAUGCUGUAGUUGCAAGGCAGUAUAGAGAGAGGCAAGAUGUGUUCCAAAAAACAGCCACUCAUUGGACGAAUGUAUAUGCAAGCGGUAGUGACCUAAUCGUGUAUGUGACUUAGAAGAUAAAGUAUUUCAAUUAACAAACAUGGGAUUUGAAGAGGACCAAGCCCGAGUAGCCUUAUCCUCACAUGACUGGGACACACCCCAAGCAACAGACUUUUUACUAAACUAAUGGUUUUGCUACUUGUUUAUAGAGAGCCAUUUCUCUCUCUCUCUCUCUCUAUCUCUCUCUCUCACUCUCUCCCAUAUAUAAAUAAUAUUUACAUGCAUAUACAUACAUACAUACAUGUAUAUGUGUGUGUGUGUGUGCAUGUAAUUUCCCUUCCUUUCCCAGCCUCUCUCUGCAACCUGCUGGUUCAUCUGGUGAGAAUUGUGUGGUUGCGUGCGUGUUUGUGUCUGUAAAUGGAUGCUAGUUUUUUUGGGUUUUUUUCCUGGUUAGAAAUUGUUUUACCGUGGGGAAUAAAUGAAUAUGAACUGUUUCACUUGGAUGAAUCUGGGGCGUAGAGCAAGGGUUGUCUUUGGGUGGGGGAUGUGUACAUGUUUUUAACAUGGAUAGGAUUUGUGAUGAUUGUAUUUUAAAAAGAAAUUAACAAAUUAAAUGAUGAUUUUAAAAGAAAUGGAUGUCUAUGUAUAAUGCGUGAAUGUGUACUACAAAUUUAUUCAGUUAACCUUUUCAGUCCAUUGAAUGCCCCUCCCCCCAAAAUUGUUAUUGCACCAGGAUUGUUAAAAAAGGAUUUAAAAAAAAAACGUAAAAAAAAUUUAACAAAAGCUUAAAAAACAAACAAACAAAAAUUUUAAUAAAAUGUAACUUGGAGACAACACACCCCUGACCCCCUGGAAAAAACAAAAAAACAAAAAACCCAUUACAUCACAUGCUUUAAUAACAAUGUUUUUAACCAAAGUUAAACCAAGUUCAGAUUUGGUAGCAAUUUAAUGCUAAUAAAAGAAAGAGACAUUGAAAUCUUCAAA